UUUGUGCCGGUUUUUGGAAUCUGCCUCUAACAAAUCAUUAUUUCAUUGAAAAAUUAUUUUCUAUUUACUCAGUAAUAAUGAGAUCUGGCUAUGUCAUGUUUUGCUUAUCAUAACCAGCUUCAGUGUGGUGGUAAAUGCUAGCAAAAUAUUCAUGAAAGUCAUUAUUUAUACGAAGCAAAAUAUUCUGGAACUUUUCAAAGAUGUCAUCGAGAAAGAGGAAGUAAUUUGGGCAUCCAAUAAUGAAAUUAUUAAAACUAUGUAUCGUGGAAAAAUUCGCACUUUUAAAAUAUAUACAGCGGCUUUGGCUAUUUUUACUGUGUCGGCUGUAGUUUUGUUGCAAGGUUAUGGCGCAGUAGGAGUUUUGCAGAUAAAAGAGCACAACAAAAAGUUCAAUACUAGCCUAGAGCCACAUUCAAUGUAUCAAACCAUUAUUCCGUUGAAUAAACUGGAACAUGUAACUUUUUUUUUCGCUUUGGAAGCAUUUCUGGCGUGGGUCGGUGUCACCUAUAACUGCACGACUCAUAUGGUUUUUGUUGUUUUGCUCAUGUUUUCAGCUUCCCAAUUAGAAAUGUUACAGAUUCGUUUACGAUAUUAUGUUGAAGAGGAUUUUCCUGAAACACCGACUGAAGAGCAAAUUAAUGAAAAAAUUGUAUUGCUUAAAAGUUUUAUUCGUGAUCAUAUUUACAUAAUUAGAUUUGUCCAGCAUUACAAUAAUUGUACAAAGUACAUCAUAAUGGCGGAAUUCCUUUUAGCUUCUUUCGAUUUAGCUUCGGUUUCGAUCAACUUAACUAAGCAGGUACCUACCUAUCCAAUUUUACUAGUGUAG